CGGGUAUGAAUAAAAAAACAAGCAGUCAUUCCAGGAGAUCAUAUUAUUGUCCAUCCCAUCCCAUCUCUCUUCUUCUUCUUCUUCUUCUUCUCCUCCAGGGCCAGCGCGUGCACAUUUUGACAGAUGAGAACAUUUUUUGAGAGCAGCUGAGUGAUUUCAGUGGGUGGAUUAUCCAGUCGUUGACCUGUUGGAGAAAAGAGCAGCAGGGAAGCCCCUCGCUGUGGAAAUUGCUGCGGCUCCACAGCGAUGGCGGAGAAAGCCUUGCACAAAGAUGGAUGAGGAGGACACUUUUUAGUUGCCAUGGAAACUAUUUCUCUCGUCCUCUCCUCGCUGCUGGUGUGUGUGGCUGCUGUAGCAGACGUGGAUGUUCAGGAUGAAAAGGAAAAGGAGAACAACCCCUUUGUCUACGACUAUGAGAGCCUGAGGAUUUGUGGACUGGCAUUAGCCGUGGUGCUGUUCACACUGGGAAUCCUGCUCAUCCUCAGUCGACGGUGCCGCUGCAGUAUCAACCAGAAGCCCAGGGCCCCCGGAGAUGAGGAGGCGCAAGAGGAGAAUCUCAUCGUCUCAAAGGCUGCGGCGGCUGCCAAAGAGACUCCGGCGGAAAACUGAGACAGCUCCUCCAUCAUCAGCUCAAACUGCCUUCUGAGAGGAUGCGAUUUGACGUGAAUCCACUGCUAUGAUACUAUAAGUGAUGAUACCAUGAGGUAUGAGCAGAUGUGAUACAAUAUGUACAGAAAUCAUACACCCUUUAGCCCAGUCGUGCUUCGUUGUGACGUAGCAGUCCUCAGUGCUCUCUUGUCUCUCCUUGUGCCUUCAUGUAGACGUCCUUCACUUUGACUGUACUGUACUGUACUGUAGUGUGUCUCGGCUAUUAUAUCAUAGCACCUUUGACACAAUUUGAUGGUCUAUGACGCUAGAAAAUGUGUCCAUGUGGUGUGGUCCUGUUUGUUUUGUAUUCCCCACUACUGCUGUUAGACUUUAGGAAUUUUAGGUAGCACUUUUCAAUAAGGGUACCCAUAUGAUUGGCUGCUUUUAAGUUACUGAGCCUCUAAGCCGCCCCCAGCUAGAUGAGCCCGUGCAUACGCCCACCACUUCAGAGGACAGCUUUGUAACACAAAAAACAGGCUUCACUACGCACCUUAAAAUAAUCAUUCAGUCAGGUCCAGUUACAGUUGAGUUACUUAGUUUUUCUUGUGUUAAAAUGUGACGUAUGGCGGAGCAGAGUCACAGCGUGCGGGUGCUCCUUGGUUUAUGCCGCCCCGACUUUCGUUGUUUCGUGGUUGCAACGACCGCAACCCCAUAAAUGAAUGAAAAACUUGAGUUUGGUCCGUAAGAACCAGACUCAAUCAAAGAAUCCACUACACUGGACCGCCGUGGCUACGCCAAAACAACAUCAGCAAACUCAAAUGUCCUCUCUGCACAGUCAGGACACGUGUCACGUUCAAAGACAUUCGGAAAUGACAAAACUCUUUAACGCAACAAAUGACUGCCAUUAUCUUUGGGCAUGUUAACAGAGUGAAAGCGACAGUAAUAACUCGGCAGUGUAGUGCUCUUAUUAUUGAGAUGAAACGUUUGCUGGUGCUUUACGCCUUCUUUUUUGAAAUUGGUGUUUCGUUUAUUUCUUGCACUUGGUUUGCAAGGUGUCAGUAAUGUUACUGUAGUGUGCAGUGAGACACACAAGCACCAGACUUGAUGGCCGGAACAACAUUAUCUCACAACGGGCGCGAUAAUCCCAAAUAAAAUCACAGGCUACUGUUGUGGCCGUAACCCACGCCAAGCUAAAACUCAACUGUGACCCCCCCAAUGCCACUUCCUGUGCGCUCCCCACUCAGAUCCCCGAGGGAACACAUUUACAGCAACAAACAUGAGUCUUAUUUAUAUCUUAUUUUCUCUUAUUAUGUCUACCAUAUUGGGUAAUAGGAGUGUAAGGGUGACUAUGGGGGUGUUAUUUCAUGCCUAGAGGGCUCUAAUAAUAAUGUUAAAAAACAUAUUUAGAAGGUCGUAAAUAGGUUGUUUUUUUUUUUGCUCUAACUACGAAAAUACUUCGUUAUAAAUAAGGGAUCCUACUUGACGGAAAUUCACUUGUCACAGUCGGGUCUGGAACCAAUUAACUGCGAUAAACGGGGGAUUACUGAACAUCCCAGUUUAGGAACAGAAGUCGUAUGUAACCUGAGGACCACCUGUAUAUGUAAAAGUAGCCAAACACUUGUGGACAAUCGGAUGAUUAGCAUUAAAACUACUGUAUUAAAGUUGCCCUUUUUUCAUGGCUUGGCUGGUCCUGUGACUUACACCCCGGAGCGACUUACUGCAUAUAUGUUUUUCUCAUACUAACAGCCACCAGAGGGCGCUCUCGGCUUGUGUGCCAGUAUCUGGUACUCCUAUCACACUCCUAUUAAGCACUUUUAAACAGAAUUCCAGCAUUUUGGCCAACACUCUUACAGGAGGCUUACUUGACCUGAUCCAGUGAUCCACCCACCGUACUUUUAUUCAGUCCCCACCAAAACGGGUUCUUGCUUCAGAUCAGUUGUGUCGUUUUUGUGUAAUCCUUCAUGGAAAGUCAUAAGGGUACCCUUGUUAUAAAGCGGUGCAGGAUUUCACUGCGUGUUUUCCUAUGUUGUCAAAUGUCGUCACAUAUACAAACACACACACACACACACACACACACACACAUAUAUAUAUAUAUACAGUAUGUAUCUAUAUCGAGUAUAUUAAAGUACAGACAACUAUAAGGUUUGAAUGUAAGGAAGCGUGCAUGUACAUGUACAUGUCAACGUGUGUCAACGUGUCAUAUGAGACAAUCGGGUCUGCUAAUAUCCGCUGCAGUACUUUGGCAUCAGCUGUCUCACUGCCAUUGCACCCUCCACCGGGAAUGACCCGUCCACCUGGAGACACUCACGUGGUUUUCUAUUAAUCAAAGAGGCCUCUUGUGUUGUGUUGACUCACAACCAAAAAACAUCACUAGUGAGACCGUCAAGACUUUCACUCACCUGACGUGUGAAUAUCUGUUUUUGAAGACGACAAACUCUUUUGUCCAGCCGCCGCAUGACGCCUUGUUGUGUCGCAACAUGUCGUGCUUUUGACAUUUAAUAGAAAUAAAUCUGUCUGAAGACUCACA